AAAGCGACCGGUCUCUCCUUUCCCUGACUCACCAGGAGCCCCGCACGGACUCGGUUAAACUUUCUGCCCCCGUGUGCGUGUGUGACUGUCCCGGUUCAGACAUGGCUCCCAGCGUGCAGCUGAAGGAGGCUUUUGCCGAUGUCCACGAGGGAAUCCGCGCCAUUCUGCUCGGGCCACCCGGAGCCGGGAAAGGGACUCAGGCUCCUCGAUUGGCAGAGCGCUACUGUGUUUGCCACCUGUCCACAGGAGACAUGCUCAGGGCCAUGGUGGCUUCCGGUUCUCCGCUUGGAAAAAAGCUCAAAGAGACCAUGGAUGCUGGAAAACUGGUCAGUGAUGAGAUGGUCGUGGAGCUCAUAGACAAGAACCUGGACUCGCCACCCUGCAGGAACGGGUUCCUCUUGGACGGGUUCCCCCGAACUGUCAAACAAGCAGAGAUGCUGGACGACUUGUUGGAGAAGAGAGACGAGAAGCUGGACUCUGUGAUCGAGUUCGCUGUCGACGACUCUCUGCUGGUUAGCAGGAUCUGUGGCAGACUAAUUCAUCAGCCCAGUGGCCGCUCGUACCAUAAGGAGUUCAACCCCCCUAAAGAGCCCAUGAAGGAUGACGUGACAGGUGAGCCGCUCAUGCACCGCAGCGACGACAACGAGACGGCGCUGCACUCCCGCCUGGAUGCCUACCACCGGCAGACGCAGCCUCUGGUGCACUACUACAGCGCCCGGGGACUUCACACGGCUGUCGACGCCGCCCAACACCCGAACGUCGUCUUCGCCUCCAUCGUAGCUGCCUUCUCUGCUGCCACGGAAAUCCCCGCCCGUGCCUCCGCCACUGGUUGAAUCCUGAGCUGCUCCAUUUUCCACUGAGGAGAAGGAUUGGAGCAGGCAGAUGGACGGCAGAGAGGGCGUGGUGGUGGGUUGGAGGGUCAGACUGUCGCUGGUUCUUUAAACGUCAUAAGUUGUGAUUCAUUUUAGGCUCUUAGUUGUCGGCACUUCGUCUAUUGGCAGUAGGUUCUUCAUCGUCCUCCUGUCAAAGUCCUCUUUGUUUUCUCUGCUAAUAAAUCUGCUUUUCUACCAUCGUCA